CCCAAGCCAUGAGUGAAAACCCAGGGUGGGGUUAUGUAGAAAGGUUUCUCUUGAAACUCUUAGCAACCAGUGGGGUGAGAGAAGAAAGGCUACCCCAGGCAUGGCUUCCACAAUAUGGAACUGAAAUAUGAGGCUGAACUGCCUUAGCGAUCACAGGUUGCCUUUCCUUCUGCUGAAAAUUAGAGCUCAGGGCAGAAGUCAGGCCUGGGAUGUCCCGUGUCUAUUCUGGAGAUGGUGGGAGCAGACAUGAUUUGAUUGUUGGCAUGAAUCAAAGUAUGAAGAAAAUUCUUCUGUGCAGAGUGUUUAUAUAGAAAUGCCACAAGCCAGGACUCCAAAAGAAGGUCUACUUACUGGGAAAACUCAGCCCAUUUAACAUCUGCGUUCCUAUCUUAAUGUUUUGCAACUGAAUGACCUAUCUGGACAAAACUUGUUCUUUGUAGAGGCAUGUUCAAUCCUCCAGGGCCAAAAGCAUCACAGUGCCAAGAUCCCAUUAAGGGGAGGGGUGGACAGUGACCCCUCAUGAAAAACUGCAUAGUCUAUGUGUCAGGGAAUCCCGUCACCGAUAGGAAAAUUAGAAAGGACUUCACAACUAGAUGGGAGUUUCUUCGGUACCAGAAAAGUCCCAAAGAUGAGAAGCUAAAUGAAAUCACCAAGUCACCUCUAUAGAGGCUAGUAGUAGAAAAAGUCACUUAAAGUCCCAAGAAUCCAAAAAACCUUCUAGCUACAAACUCAAGCUUGUUCAGCACGCAAAGGUAUGUACUGGAGAAAUGGAUUAUGAGCCUAGAAGAUACAGACAAGCCUUACAAGAUAAAUACUCACUUGUGCCAUUCAGAGAGUUCACAUUGAAGAAAGGCCUUAUAACUGUAAGGAAUGUGGAAAAUGCUUUAGUCAAAAGGCAGCACUUACUACACACCAGAGGCUUCAUACUGAAGAAAAAACAUACAAAUGUGGCGAAUGUGGGAAGUCACUCAGUCAGAGCUCCAACCUCACUGAACACUGUAAACUUCACAGUGGAGAAAGGCCUUGAGUGUGGAGAGCUUUGGAUGCAAAUCCAAUCAUGUCUGGUGUCAGAGAACACACUGGGGAGAGGCCAUAUGAAUGUGACAAAUGUGAGAAACUGUUCAGGCAAAGCUUCAGCCUUGUUGAACAUCAGCGAAUCCACACCACGAUGAGGCUGUAUGCGUGCAACCAGUGUAAGAAAUCCUUUAGUCAAAAAUCUGCUCUCAUUGUCCAUCAGAGAGUUAACACUAGAGAAAGGCCAAAUAAGUGUGGCGAACGUGGAAAAUCCUUUAGCCAAAGCUCUAACCUUAUAGAGCACUGCUGAAUUCAUACUGGAGAAAAGCCUUAUGAGUGUGGGUAGUGUGGAAAAUCCUUUGACCAAAGAACUACCCUCAUUAGACACCAGAGAAUUCGCAUGGGAGAAAGGCCUUAAAAGUGUAGGAAUGUGGCAAAUUUUUUUUUUUUUUUGCAAAACUUGAGCUUCAUUGAACAUCAUAGAAUUCACACUACAACAAAAAUUUAUGAGUGGCCAGAGUGGGAAAAUUUUUAGCCAAAGAGCUACCCUUACCAGACACCAGCCAGUUCACACUGGAGAAAGGCCUUAUGAAUGUGGGGAAUGUGGCAAAGCCUUUGGGUACAAAUCCAAACUUGAUCGUCAGAGAACUCACGUUGGGGAAAGGCCCUAUGAGUGUGCUGAACGUGGGAAACUCUUCAGGCAGAGCUAUAGUCUUGUUGAACACCAGAGAACACAUACCAGCGCAAGGCCUUAUGGGUGCAGCCAGUAGAAAGCCUUUAGCUGGAGGGCUGCCUUUAUUAAACAUCAGAGCAUUCAUCCUGGGGUGCGGCAUUAUACCUGUGGUGAAUGCAGGAAAUCCAUCAGUCGAAGCAGCAGCCUUACCCAACAUUGCAGAACUCACACUGGGGAAAGGCCAUAUGAGUGUGACCAGUGUAGAAAGUCAUUUAGGCAAGUCUGUCCUCAACACCAAGUAGUCCACACUGGAGAAAGGCCUUAUGAAUGCAUCAAAUGUGGUAAAUCGUUUAACCAGCAUUCAGUUUCUUUCAACACCAAAAAAAUGUCAUGGCAUUGGGAAAUAUUCAGGAAGGCAUCAAAUAUGGGAAAUUCCUUAACAUUGUGUCUAACAUAGCUCCUGAAAGUCCACAUUUUAGAAAGGGCUUAGAGCAAUAGGUAAUGUAAUCUUUGCUCUUAGCAGACGAACUGAACAGUUUGGGGGGUUUGUUUGUUUUGUUGUUUGU